AUGGUGAGGCAAAUAACAUUGCUGGGUCGCCACCAAUUCAGCACCCACACACAAAGGAAGAUGAAAGAGAAAAAGAUAAAGGCUGGAUUUGCUGGAGAUGAUGCUCCUAGGGCUGUCUUCCCCAGCAUAGUGGGCCGCCCUCGUCACACUGGUGUGAUGGUUGGCAUGGGCCAAAAAGAUGCCUAUGUGGGUGAUGAGGCCCAAUCCAAGAGAGGUAUCUUGACUCUAAAGUACCCGAUUGAGCACGGAAUUGUGAGCAACUGGGAUGACAUGGAGAAGAUUUGGCAUCAUACCUUCUACAACGAGCUUCGUGUUGCCCCUGAGGAGCACCCCGUCCUUUUGACUGAAGCUCCUCUUAACCCAAAGGCCAAUCGUGAAAAGAUGACUCAAAUCAUGUUUGAGACAUUUAACUCUCCGGCCAUGUAUGUCGCCAUCCAGGCUGUUCUCUCUCUUUAUGCCAGCGGCCGUACAACUGGUAUUGUACUGGACUCGGGUGAUGGUGUCAGCCACACAGUCCCCAUCUACGAAGGGUACGCCCUACCACACGCAAUCCUUCGUCUCGACCUUGCUGGCCGUGACCUCACAGACCAUCUGAUGAAGAUACUCACUGAGAGAGGCUACUCCUUCACCACCACAGCCGAGCGCGAAAUCGUGAGGGACAUCAAAGAAAAACUCGCCUACAUUGCCCUAGACUACGAACAAGAGCUGGAAACGGCAAAAACGAGCUCGGCUGUCGAAAAGAAUUAUGAAUUGCCCGAUGGACAGGUCAUCACUAUUGGAGCCGAACGAUUCAGGUGCCCGGAGGUCCUUUUCCAGCCAUCCAUGAUCGGGAUGGAAGCUGCUGGCAUUCACGAGACUACCUAUAACUCGAUUAUGAAGUGUGACGUGGAUAUUAGGAAGGAUUUGUACGGGAACAUUGUGCUGAGUGGUGGGACCACCAUGUUCCCCGGCAUUGCUGACCGGAUGAGCAAAGAGAUCACGGCCCUUGCUCCAAGCAGCAUGAAGAUUAAGGUGGUGGCCCCACCCGAGAGGAAGUACAGUGUCUGGAUCGGAGGCUCCAUUUUGGCUUCCCUCAGCACUUUCCAGCAGGCCCAAUCCAAGAGAGGUAUUUUGACUCUCAAGUACCCAAUUGAGCACGGAAUUGUGAGCAACUGGGAUGACAUGGAGAAGAUUUGGCAUCACACUUUCUACAACGAGCUUCGUGUUGCCCCUGAGGAGCACCCCGUCCUUUUGACCGAAGCUCCUCUUAACCCAAAGGCCAAUCGUGAAAAGAUGACUCAAAUCAUGUUUGAGACAUUUAACUCUCCGGCCAUGUAUGUCGCCAUCCAGGCUGUUCUCUCCCUUUAUGCCAGUGGUCGUAUUGUACUCGACUCGGGUGAUGGUGUCAGCCACACUGUCCCCAUCUACGAAGGGUAUGCCCUACCACACGCAAUCCUCCGCCUUGACCUUGCUGGGCGAGAUCUCACAGACCAUCUCAUGAAAAUUCUUACUGAGAGAGGCUACUCCUUCACCACCACAGCCGAGCGCGAAAUCGUGAGGGACAUCAAAGAAAAGCUGGCCUACAUUGCCCUCGACUACGAACAAGAGCUGGAAACGGCAAAAACGAGCUCGGCCGUCGAAAAGAAUUAUGAAUUGCCAGAUGGACAGGUCAUCACUAUCGGAGCUGAACGAUUCAGGUGCCCGGAGGUCCUUUUCCAGCCGUCCAUGAUCGGGAUGGAAGCUGCUGGCAUUCACGAGACUACUUAUAACUCGAUUAUGAAGUGUGACGUGGAUAUCAGGAAGGAUUUGUACGGGAACAUUGUGCUGAGUGGUGGGACCACCAUGUUCCCCGGCAUUGCUGAUCGGAUGAGCAAAGAGAUCACGGCCCUUGCUCCAAGCAGCAUGAAGAUUAAGGUGGUGGCCCCACCCGAGAGGAAGUACAGUGUCUGGAUCGGAGGCUCCAUUUUGGCCUCUCUCAGCACUUUCCAGCAGAUGUGGAUAGCCAAAGCAGAGUACGACGAAUCUGGGCCCUCAAUUACGCCUAUUCCUCGGAUGAAAGGGUCUCACUCUCACAUCACAUGUGUGACUUUAGCACUACUUUUAGUCUUUUACAUAGGCUUGGAGUCGCUGGAUAGUCUUCUCAUCCAGCUG